GAUUGAAACUGUCAGUUGCACCAGGGUUGCCAGUAGGGUCGGACAUCAAUCUAGUCAUAUUUUUUAUUAAAUUGGUAAUUAAAAGAUCACCAUGAAAGUGUUCAUCGUGUUGGCAGCGGCAGCUGCUCUUGCAAACGCCCAAUUUAAAUGCCCCAACAAAGACGGCCAAUAUGAAGACGACAGACAAUGUGACAAAUUCUACGAAUGCAGAGAUGGUGUUGCCACCACAAAACUCUGCCCAGAUGGUUUAGUGUUCGACCCUACUAUUAGGAAGAUCAACAAAUGCGACCAGCCCUUCAACGUUGAUUGUGGAGAUAGGACAGAAUUACAGCCCCCAAAACCAAACAACCAAUGCCCACGUAGGAACGGUUUCUUUGCCCACCCUGACCCAACCGUGUGCAAUGCUUUCUACAACUGUAUUGAAGGAGAAUCUGUUGAAGUAAAAUGUACAGCUGGUCUUCACUUCGACGAGUAUUCCGGUACUUGUGUAUGGCCUGACUCAGCCGGCAGACAAGGAUGCGCUUCUCAAGACAAGAAAACCAAGGAUGGUUUUGAGUGCCCCAAGGACCAGGUGGUAAAUGUUCAAGGCCAAAUCGUCGCUCACCCCAAAUUCCCCCACCCCAACGACUGCCAACGUUUCUACGUGUGUCUCAACGGAAUCGAGCCACGUGACCUUGGUUGCCAAACUGGAGAAGUCUACAACGAGGAAAGCCAGAGGUGUGACGCCCCUGAAAAUGUUCGCGGAUGUGAGGACUGGUACAAGGAUGCGGAAGAGGCAGCGCCAGCUCCAAAGGGAAGAUCUUAAACUCAGUGAUAUAAAAUAAGUUACUUAUAAGCUUGAUAAGUUAAAUAUACUUUAAGAUAAA